AUGGCUGCCAAAUACUCCCGCCGCCCCUCCCACCUCAGCGAAUCCCUCUCCCCAAACACAAUCCCGGAGCUAUCCAUCCUCCCGCACCCCCUCCCCACCGACGCGCUCCCAUGCGGGCAGCUGGUGUCGCUGCACUCCCAGCACACACCUUCCUCACUCGAAGAGCGCGACUACGACGACAUCGGCACGCGGUGGUACAAAGACGUCAUCUUCUUGGACACGAAAACCGGCGCUUUCCUUGAGUCCUUCGGCGGCACGCACCUAGUGGAGAAGCCUUUAGGUGCCGGCCAGGAAGCCGGGACGAUCGAGGCUGAGGAGCAGCGGGUUCGGCUGCUCAAGGAUCCCGAGGCGAGUCUGAAGCGCAUCUGGGCCGAGGACGAUGCGGCUCGGAAGUGGAUUCAGGAGCAAGGGGAGGUGGGGUUCGUGGUUGCGAUUCGCGCGGUCAGUAAUGCGAGCUACAAGCGUGCUAGGCUUGUUGAUACUGGUGUGAAGACGUGGGAGGUUGUUAGGGAGGUCGGCGGCCAGGAUGCGAGUGGGAAGAGGAGGGAUUCUGGACUCGAUGUCAAGCCGACGAACAGUAAGCUUGAUGUGGUUGGUGUGGUGGUCAGGCGCGUUGUUAUGGAGGGAGAUGACGUGGGACUGGGUGGGGAGUUGGGCGCUGAGUACUGGAACUGA